CUAUUAUAGAUCUGCAAUAUUUAGAAAGGUUAUAAAACCAUUAUAUAAAAAUAAUGUACAUCAAAGAGAGCUUAUGUCUCGUAUACGUGUGAAAUAUUUCAAUUCAGAUAAAAUGUACUAUUUUGAAGUCCCCCUGAAACCAAAAAACUGUAAUGAAACAGUUAAAAUUGAAAAUAUUGUAAAAACAGAUAUGGAACAAAUUUUUAAUGAAAUUAAAAUAAAAGAUAGUACUGCUUACUUUAGUAUAUCCAGAAAUCAGUAUAUAAAGACCAUUUUAGAAAAUAAUUUUUCUGGUCCAUCACCACCACUGCUUGGAGACAAUAAUAAGAAUGUUAUAGUAGAGUUUAGUUCACCAAAUAUUGCUAAACCUUUUCAUUUAGGACACCUACGUUCCACAGUUACAGGAAAUUAUGUUGCUAAUAUAAAUAGUUUUUUACAAAAUAGAGUUAAAAAAAUAAAUUAUUUAGGUGACUGGGGAACACAGUAUGGUUAUAUUCAACAAGGAAUCGAACUUGGAAAUAUUGAUAGUAAUGAAAUGAAAACAAAUCCUAUUAAGUCUUUGUACAAAGCAUAUGUUAUUGCUAAUGAAUUAGCCAAGACUGAUUCAAGAAUAACUGACCGUGCUAGAGAAAUAUUUAAUCAAUUAGAAUAUGGAAAUGCUAAUAGUAAAGAAUGGCAAACAUUUAAGGAUUAUACUGUACAAGAGUUAGAAAAAACUUAUAAGAGAAUAGGAGUAUCAUUUGAAGAGUAUCAUUGGGAGUCUACGUAUACUGCCUCGAAUAUAAGUACUUUGAUUAAGUCAAUGGAAGCAACAAAGUUGUUAAUGUUGGAUGAAGAAAAUAGAAAAGUUAUUCCUAUAUCUGAAAUAAAAAAUAUACCGCUCAUUAAAAGUGAUGGUUCUACUUUAUAUAUAGUUAGAGAUAUUGCUGCUGCAAUUGAUAGAUUUGAGAAAAAUAAAUUUGAUGUUAUGUAUUACGUAGUAGAUAAUGCUCAGCAUAAUCACUUUACAAAUUUAGUGCAAAUUUUAAAGCGAAUGGAAAUUCCUUGGGCAGAUAAACUAGUGCAUGUUAAGUUUGGAAGAGUUCGUGGUAUGAGUACAAGAAAAGGUACUGCAGUGUUUUUGGAAGAUAUACUUGAUGAAGCAAAGGAAAUUAUGAGAGAAAGACAGAUAAAUUCGGGUACAACUAAGGUUUCCUUAGAUGAAAUGAAUAGCAUUUCCGAUAUUUUGGGUAUCUCUAGUAUUAUCAUCUAUAAUUUGUGCCGGAAAAGAGGAAAAGACUAUGAGUUUGAUUGGGAUACAAUGCUUGAUAUGAAAGGUGAUUCUGGAAUUAAAAUGCAGUAUACUCAUUGUCGCUUAUCUAAUUUGGAACAUAACUCUAGUGCAAGGUUAAUAAAAGAAUGUGAUGCAAGUCUUUUAAAGGAACCAGAAGUUGAUGAGAUAAUUGUAUUGAUUAGUAGAUUUGACGAAAUUAUACUUCAAUCUUAUCAAGAUCUUGAGCCAUGUGUGUUAGUAGUAUAUCUUUACCGUUUAAGCAAGGCGGUCAAUACAGCGUUGAUCUCAUUGAACAUAAAAAAUGAAUCAGCAGAUGUAGGAAAUCAACGAUUGUUACUAUUCCAUGUAUCAAAACUGGUCAUUGCGAAAAUUAUGAAAUUACUUGGUUUAAUGCCAUUAGAAAAAAUGUAA